UUUCUUGCGCCGGUGAAAACGCACGUUUUUCCCAUUUUCACCGACAUAAACAAAAGCUAUUUUUACACGAUCGGCCAAAUCGGAGAAGCAGCGUAAGUGCUUCAGCAGAAUUCUUUGUUUUCCGAAUUCGAAUGCGUGCAGUGGGUCUGUGUUCAUGUGGAUGUUGGCCAAAAACAAGACGGCGGCCAAUUAAAGCAGCAGCAGAAGACGAAGCACACGAUUUAUUGGGCAAUUGUGGCCAAGAAUCCCAAAGGGGCCACUUCGCGCUUGUAAACAAACGGAUAAUUGAAUGUAUAGCAACCCCAGUGGGAUUACCACUUAGAAGGACCACAUUAUCCAACCAUCAUGAUUUAUACCAUCAUUUGUAAGUGGUUGCCCACAGAUCGGCGCGUGUGUUAUUUAAAUUAGAUGAUCGGAUUAUCCCGAAACACGGAAACACUUAUGUAGAUAAGCCAAUUGCCAAGAAUUCGAGUGAUAAGUUGUGUCAACAAUUGGGGUACACACCCAACCGGAUCUGAUUAACUUGUUUCAGUAGAUGCGGCCACAAUUAAUUUGCACAACAAUGGACUGAUGCAAACAGUUGUUAGCCGAUGUCUGCCAAAAAAACAAUAAAUACAGCAAAAGGAAGGGCAGCCUCAGCUAGAACAACAGUCGCCAGAGCAGCAGCAACAAUUGCAAGAACUGCGGCAAAUAUUGCAAGUGCAACACCAACAACUGCAACAAUUGCCAGAGGAACAGCAGCGACAGCAACAACAGCAGCAUGCCACUGUGCCAGCCCGGCCAUAUCAACAUUUCGGCUAGAAUUCAGCAAUUUGCCAGUGCGCCUAUCGCUGCGUAUACGUAAUAUUAAAAAUAGGCUAACGCCCAGGCUGCAGGAUGAACAAGCGCAGCGUCAUCAUCGCGGGAAUCGUGGCUAGCCUCUUGGUCUUGGCGCUCGGUGCCAACUUCUACUUCAUGUACUACCUGAGCGCCGAGGAAGGUCACCUGGCCAGCGUUCGGGCGCUGGAGAACAUGAUCCGGCACAAGAUGCGCCACCUGAAACCCAACUACCUCAAUCGCAAUCCGCGCUUCUUUAUGUUCCGCAACAAGCUGCUCAAGAACUACAAGGCGGCGACGUACGAAAACGCCAGUGUCCUCUGGGACAUUGCGAACUGGUGGCCACAUGAAAACGAGGUCUAUCCCUUAUACGACUCAUCGAUGGGGCAGCUUUUAGAAACACUGCGCCGCGAACCGAUCACCCGGGUGAGCAACCUGGGUAAGGGCACGCAACUGAAGCUCCUGGUCCGCCUUUCCCAGCAGCAAAAGGUCAUCUUUAAGCCGCAAUGGUAUCCGCGGGACGAGGUCAUCGAUGGCAUGGUGUACAGUGGCAAGGAUCGCCACACUGCGGAAGUAUAUGCCUUCUAUCUGGGCGCCGUGCUCGACUUUCGAUGGACACCCAUCGUUGCAGGUCGAGUGGUGAACUUGAAGCGAGAGAUAUAUGCCAAAGGCGAUCCAGAGCUUCAGCAAACCAUAAACAUCGAAACGGACGAGGAUGGCAAGGAGAAGUAUUGCCUGUUCGGGAAGUGUCACUACUGUAACGAGGAGGAGGCCGUUUGUGGCGACGAAAAGCACAACAUUGAAGGUGUGCUAAUCUAUAUUGUUCCGGGAACGUUGGCAAAGCGGCGAUCGCCUUGGCAGCGCACUUAUAAGGAUGACAAGCGGGCGCCGUGGGAGGACGAUAUGACCUACUGCAAGGCGUUGAAAAAUAAAAUGGAGACCAUUCGUCUGCUGGACCUUAUAGAUGCGGCUAUUUUCGAUUACCUAAUCCAAAAUGGGGAUCGGCAUCACUAUGAGACGCGAGAAGAGCGCGUGGUGCUAAUAGACAAUGGAAAAGCCUUUGGAAACCCGAACAAGGAUCACUUGGACAUCCUUGCGCCACUCUACCAAUGCUGCCUUCUGCGAAAGUCCACGUGGGAUCGCCUGCAAGUCUUUUCCGGUGGCGUACUCACGGAAAUCAUCGAUAGGCUUUCGAAGCAGGAUGCCCUCUAUCCCCUCAUUACGGAUAAGCAUAAAAAAGGAGUGGAGCGACGACUUCUGGUGGUCUAUGCUGUUGUGGAGUACUGCAUGGACAUCGAGGGCGACAAAAUGUUCAAAACUCUGUAGUUCAAGAUUGAGAUUGUGGCUAAUAGCCAACACUAGAGCUUCCGGGACUCACUUUCCACAUCCUACUUAAGCUAAAGUUAGAUAGAGGAAUUAUCUUAUUAUCUUAGUCCAUGUUUUCCUUCGACGACUGUAUUUCUCCCAAAGUUUAAAUAUUUAAAUGCCGGAAACAGUUUCUCUUUCGCCGUUUUUUGUAUUGGACGUACUGAAUUCUAGAUUUCAAAAAAAUUGCGAUGCCAUCCAUUUAAAAAUUUUAGUCAAGCAAGUCCUAAUCUUACAAAAUUAGCUUUAACGAAUUAAAUGCAUAUACAAUAAUUUUUAAAAUUGAAACUCGGACAAAGCUAUUACCAUGAUAUUUCCCACAACUACCAAUUAUUAUUUGGUUUUCCAAUUGUUUUCAAAAAAUAUCCCUUACAUUACGAGUAUUCCUAAAAAUGUAACAACAAACCGAUCCUUAACAACAUAUCCGAUAGUCUAGUUUAAUUAAUAGUUACGGUUGUUAUUUAAUAGGUAAUAUUUUAGAAAAUUGCCAAACUUAAAAAUGAUAGUUUUGUAACUCAAAUGAGAAUGUGUAAACAAUCAAAAAUAAACUCUUGUCUAAUUCA